UCGAUAACCUGCUCAACUGAAACCUCCGUUCUCAACACUAUGUGCUAUUACAGCAACUACUAUGGUGGCCUGGGCUGUGGCUACCGUGGCCUGGGCUGGGGCUACGGUGGGUAUGGAUUUGGCUGCUACCGCCCAUCUUGCUGUGGCAGAUACUGGUCCUAUGGAUUCUACUGAGAACUUCUAGAGCCAUUCGGUCUGCAGAACUCCUCCUCCUGUGCUUUCCAAUCAUCCUUCCAGGGUUCUUCUUAUACGUAAUUUCUUUCUCUUUCCAAUGGUGAAAAUUUUAUCCAAGAGUACUUCAACUUCAGCAUAUGACAAAUUCAGCAUGCUUCAACUUGAUUGACCAAAGUCACAUGUAAUACCUCAUGAGUCAUAAAAAUGUUUAUGUUGGAUAUUGUAUUCCUUCUUCCUUCAUUUUCACUUAAUAAUUUUGAUAUGGAAAAAGUUUUAAGUUGAUGUUUCAAUAAACUUUCUCAUUCAUUGCAAAA